GGACUGGAUGAUCCUUGGGGGUUCCUUCCUACUUAGGACAUUCUAUGAUCCAGUGGUUUUCCUGCUGCAACAGUUCCUGACUCCUGCUCACCCCCCUGGGUUUCCCCACUCUGCUGUGCCUGGGAGGGGCUCUCAGGAGCUUUUCAGUGGUGUUGUAGUGCAGCUGUUUAAGCUGAUUUGUGAGAAUUGGAAGGUAUUGGUGGUGGUUGCCAGUUUGGCCCCUCCUGAGCCUUGCAGGGAUUGGGAGAUAAUCCAGCACUGUGGCCUCUUUGUGCUGUAGUCCAGACAUAGCUGCAGAUUUAAUACCAAACCUGCUCUUCAGGAGCUCGAUUUGCACUCCUGUGGAAAUGCAGAGACGAGUUUGGAAUUUUGUUAGAAACAAAGCUGGAAACUUAAAAUACAAUUCUUUGUUUCCAAAGCUGAAGGGGGUGGCAGCUAUUAAUAAACCCCAGGAAGGCUGGAGUUAGUGAACUACUGCCUACAGCAUGUGGGAAUCUGGAGAAAUUUGAUGUAAGUGCUGGUGAUUUGUGUCCUUCUGGUCACUGCAGUGUGGCCCUUCUAACAGCUGAAGUAAUAAACCAGCAGAAUAUUCCUUGGCUUUAUGGUCUGCAUGAUCUUGCAGUUUGAAAGGAUGUUGCUGCUUAGAUGAACUGCUGCUUCCUCAGAAAACACUGCCCAUGGAGGAAAAAAUUCCCCUUAAUUUUGGAAUCCUGUAGUAGCAUGAAACAUACGUUUGAUUUAAUACAGGUUUGGUGGCUGUAAUCCUGUUGAAAAAAAAUCAUUGUCUUGCUAAGCACAAUGGGAAGACUUAAAAAGGGAGGAUUCACCCCAAAAGUACAAAUUUCCAGGGCUCCUUGUGGAGGGAAGAAGCUCCCUGGGGAUGGUUGAGUGGCUGUGUUAAAUCCUUGUUGGAAUUUCUCCCUGGUGCUGGGGAAGGGGCAGUUCCAUGCCCCUCCAGCCUCCCUCACACCCACACACAUGGUGUGGUCCAAAAAGUCAUUUAGAGGUUUUUGGGGGAUUAGAAUAAUGAACACUCUCCUCAGGAUUAGAUGGACAUUUCUUUAGUGGAAGCUGAGCUUAAAUAUCUGUUUAGUUCAAAUGAUUUCCUGGGAAGGCUGAGACCUAGAAGUGUUUGAGCAGCAUUUCAGUGCUUCAUGUGCUCCCUUCACCCAGUGAAAUUGUACUUCAGGCUUUGGAUUUCUCCUUCCCAGUCUGGACUGGGAGCAGGGUGGGCAUGGCUGUUGUGAACUGGUUAUCCACUCUUUGAGGGGAUCAAUUGCUGGAUUCAGUGACAUAUUUGAAACAAUUAUUGAGGGGAGGGUUCCAGGUUAUUUUGAACAAAAGUUCUGUGUAUUUUUUAAUUCCUGCAGCAGGUUGUUCUAACAGAUGAGCAGUGUGGGUUCCUGUUUUCCCCCCUUUCCCUCCCACAGGAUGCAUUUAGGGAAGAUAAUGCAGUCCAGCCAGGUCUCUUGUGUGCUUGGAGUCAUAUCUGAUGAUAGGUGUGUUGGUUUAGGUCGGUCUAAGAAGCUGAGCUAUCUUCUGUUCUGUAUUUACAUUUCCAAGGAGCUGGCACGGUGCAUUUGUGAGCUUUUAUAUCCUGUACUUCCCCAGCAAGACUCUUUUUCCUCCUGACUCCUGUGUGACAAAAAGAAACUCAGCCUUGGGAUCUUUUGGUCCUUUGGAAACCAGACCAGCUAUUCCCCAAUUUUGGAAGUACCAAAUUCUCAGCAGUCUUGACACCAGGGCCAGUGGUUUGUCAGCCUAAAGGGCCCAGGUUUGGGUGCAGCUGGGAGUUGCUGUGGUGCAUAUUCCAGAGUUUCAGUGCUUUGGGGUAGUUUAUUUGCUUCACACCUCUAAAUUUUAAGUGUUGAGAGUGGGAGGUUUGGGGGAGCAGCCACACAAAAGUCAGCAUUUAAUAAUGGGCAUUUAAUUCUGUCUGAGUUCAAAUUGCCAAGUAAUGGAGGCAGGAGAGCCUGGGGGCAGCUGCAUCAUUCCCAACAGCUCUGAGCUGUUCCUGUCCUGGGGGAUGAUCAGGACCAUGCCUGGAGGCACAGGGGCUCUGAGUGCACCAUCGCACCUUCCUCUUGAGAGGAGAAGGUCACAGUUCAUGUCUGGUGUAAUUAGCUGGGUCAUACUUUUUUCCAACUGGAUGAGUGAUCUUGAGACUUGGCAUCAGCCCCCAUUAAAUAGUUUUGUCAGCUGUUGGUGGCUGUAACUUCCCAGAGCAUUUCACACACAAUUUUGAAGUCAGCAUGAAAAAGCUGAUUGCAUUGCUCAGUCCACCUAUUUUAUUUUUUUUCAUUCCUUUUGAAAAAAAAAUUUACUCUUCAACAUUUAACAUACACCACAAAACCCUUGAGCCCUUUACUUGUCCUGGUGAAAGUAGCUCUGCUGUUCCAGGUGGGAUCAUUGCUGUGUCUGUGUGUGUCUGUGUGUGUCCCCCUGCUCCAGACCCCAGCUCGGUCCCGUGGCUCCGCUCCCACUCUGUAGAAUAGCUGGCACACUCCCCCACAGCUCUCUAGUAAUGCUUGCUUGUUUUGGUUUGAUUUUAUUUUUCUUUCUCUCUUCCACUCUUGUUAUAUUUUUACUUUCUUUUUUUCUUUGUGAUGUGACGUUUUCAGCUGAUGUAUUGAAAGCAAACCCUUCUAAUUUGGGAGUCCAGAUCACAAGAAGGUUGAAAGAUCUCAAGCAAAGGGAAUUUGCUCGCAAUGUCUCGUCGAGAUCCCGGAAAGAUGAGAGGAAGCAGGAGAAAGCCCUGCGGCGCCUGCACGAGCUGGCUGAGCAGAGGAGGCAGCCUGAGUGUGCUCCUGGAAGUGGGCCCAUGUUCAGGACCACCACGGUGGCUGUGGACGAGGAAGGUGGAGAUGACGAUGAUUCUGCAGCCAACAGCGGCUCCUUUGUCCAGAUGAGCUCGGGCCAGGCCACGGAGAUGACCACGGACAGAGGAUUCCUGAACACAGGACAAGGCACUGUGAUGCCAGGCCAGACACCCUCCCAGGGGGCACAGGCCAUCAGCUUUGGCAUUAAGAGCUCUGUGGGAGCUCCUCUGCAGAAGAUUGGGGUGUCCUUUUCCUUUGCCAAGAAGACCCCAGUGAAGCUGGAGACCAUCGCUUCUGUUUUCAAGGACCAUGUGGACGAGUCCAAUUCUGCAGAUGGGGCUAAAGGUGAUGAGAGGGGGUCCUCAGAGGCUGGCAGCCUGCAGAAGUCUGGGGAGGGUGAAGGCACCAAUAAUUCUGAUGGCAAGGCAGAGGACGAUGACCAGCACGACAAGGAGAGUGGGGCUCUGGCCAGCACCUUAUCCAAACUGAAGAAGAUGAGACGAGAAGAUGGACCAACAGCUGUGGAACCAGAAUAUUACCACUAUGUCCCCCCAGCCCACUGUAAAGUAAAGCCCAACUUUCAGUUCCUGCUUUUCAUGAAGGCUACUGAGCAAACAGAAGCAGAAAAUGCGAAUAAAAAAAACGCGCACGAAGCAAAAAAGGGGAGUUCCCCCAAACCCAAAGCCAGCAAGCACACAGAAAAGGCUGCUGAGAGCACGGGGCAGCAGAAGGAGCAGAGUACUACUGAAAGUGCAGCUCAGCAGGGCAAAACAGAACGAAAAGAUAUCCCAGAGAAUGAAAAUACACAGGAGAGCAAGCACCUUCCAGAGGGCAAUCCCCCCGAGCCAGACACUGCUAAAGAAGCUCCUCCUCCUGCCUUGGGCUGCAGAGAUGGCUCUGAGGGACCAAAGCACCCCACGGGACCUUUUUUCCCUGUUCUGAGUAAGGAUGAGAGCACGACGCUGCAGUGGCCUUCAGAGUUACUCAUCUUCACCAAAGCUGAGCCCUCUGUGUCCUACAGCUGCAACCCCCUGUACUUCGACUUCAAGCUCUCCCGUAACAAGGAUGCAAAAGGGAAAGGGGCAGAGAAAUCCAAGGAUCCAGGGGGGCUGUGUAAAGACAACACUCAGAGCACGGAACCUGGUGAGGUGAGCAAAGCCAAGGAGGCUGAAAGUGUAGGGAACAGUUCUACUCAAAAAAUGGAAAACAAAUCCCAGAGCAAGCAGGAGUCCGGUGUGGGAAGCGUUAGUAAGGGAGAGGGAGAGGACAGCAGUAAGGGUAUAAUGGGUAAGAGUAAAUCUGGAAGGUCCCAUAAACACAAAAAGAAAAAGAAGCACAAAAAGUCCAGCAGACACAAACGCAAACACAAGGAGGAAGCUGAGGAGAAGGCCCGGAAAACUGAGCUGGGGGAAGAGAAACCCAAGAAACGGAAAAGACACAGGCACAAAAAAGGUAAAUCCUCCCUUUCGACGGAGUCAGACCGGGCACCGAAACCUGAACCGUCUGAAGACUGCAGCCAUUUCCAGAAGAAAAAACGGUGCUCCCAGGAGUCCCAGAGGAAAUCUCUGUCUGCUGAGGAGGGAAGCAGCGGUAAGAAAGAGGAUGGGGGUAACUCCUGCCAAGAGCACAGCAGCAAAAGACACAAGGCUGAGCUGCAGCAGGUACCUGGUGCGAGGAGGCGCUGCCCGGCUCUGUCCCAGCCCCGGAGCGGCCGCCGGAGCCGGCAGAGCAGCGGCGACUACGACAGCGACGAGGGCUCCCCCAGCAAGCACUGCCACCAGAAGUCCCCGUCACAGUACAGCGAUGACUACGACUCGGGCAGCGAGCACUCCCGCAGCCGCUCCCGCUCGGGCCGCAGGCACUCCUCACACAGGUCCUACUCCAGCAGCUCGGACGCGUCCUCGGAGCACAGCCGCUACAGCCGCCAAAGGAGCUACUCGGACGACAGCUACAGCGACUACAGCGACCGCUCCCGCUGCCACUCCAAGCGCUCCCAGGACUCGGAGGAUGACUCCGACUACAACAGCUCAAACCACCGCUCGAAGCGGCGCAAAUACUCCUCAUCGGAAGACGACUACAGCUCGAGCAGGAGCAGGUCCAGGAGUCGGAGCAGGAGCCGAACCCAUCCUCGAGGCAGGUCGAGAUCGAGGAGCCGGGGCAGGAGCCGCAGCAGCAGCUGCAGCCGCAGUCGGAGCAAGAGGAGGAGCCGCAGCGUGACGGGCCGCAGCUGGAAACGCAGCCGCAGCUACAGCCGGGACCGCAGCCGCAGCACCCGCAGCCACUCACAGAGGUCCCUGUCACGGAAGGGCUCGCGGGGCCACGAGAGCCCCGAGGAGCGAAGGUCUGGCAGAAGGGACUUCAUCAGGUCCAAGAUCUAUCGCUCCCAGUCUCCUCACUAUUUCCGGACAGGCCGAGGUGAGGGGUCGCUGCUGAAGAAGGAGGAUGGCAAAGGAGAGGAUCUGAAAGGAUCUGGCUCCCUGUCCCAGAACAGCAGCGGCUCUGGCACAGGGCGGGCCUCGGAAGGGGACUGCAGUCCUGAGGAGAGGAACUCGGUCACUGCAAAGCUGCUCCUGGAAAAGGUGCAGUCCAGGAAGGUUGAGAAGAAGCCCUGUGUCACUGAUGAGAUGCUGUCAGGGGCAAACAAGGUGGGCAUAAAGCUCAAAGAUCCUCCCCAGGGCUACUUUGGCCCCAAACUGCCUCCUUCCUUAGGAAACAAACCGGUUCUGCCCUUAAUUGGGAAGCUGCCAACCAUUCGAAAACCAAACUCCAAAAGAUACGAGGAGUCUGGCUUGGAGAGGGGCGAGGAUCAGGAGCUGUCAGAUGCUGAGGAUGGUUCUCAAGGCAUGGAGGAGGGUCAGCUGGGCAGCCAGUCUCUCCUGGAAGAUGUGGUGAUGGUAAUUCAGGACAAACCUCUGGAUGAGCAGAAACGUGAUGAAGCCUCUGUGGAGAUGCCAUCCCUUCCCCUGGACGCGCCGGCGCUCCCCGAGUGCUUUGGCUCCGGAGAUCUGGUCAUGCCACACAACUUCCUCUCGGAUCCGAGCGAUGGCGAUGGGCUGGAGCCUAUGGAUGGGAGCAACCAGCCGGUCCCAGUGGAAACGAGUAUGAUGCCCUUAGUUCCAGAUGUUGAGCACUUUCCUGGCUACGUGCCUCAGAGCGGGGAACCGAGCAUGGAAGGAGAUCGGGAGGGGGCAGAAGAUUCCUCUCUAGCCCCACUGGAGAGCCAGCCCAUCACCUUCACCCCCGAGGAGAUGGAAAAGUACAGCAAGCUGCAGCAGGCAGCCCAGCAGCACAUCCAGCAGCAGCUGCUGGCCAAACAAGUCAAGGCCUUCCCCGCCUCGGCAGCCCUGGCGCCGGCAGCGCCUGCACUCCAGCCCAUCCACAUCCAGCAGCCGGCGGCGGCGUCGGCCACGUCCAUCACGACGGUGCAGCACGCCAUCCUGCAGCACCACGCUGCCGCCGCCGCCGCCGCCAUCGGCAUCCACCCCCACCCGCACCCGCAGCCCCUCGCUCAGGUCCACCACAUCCCCCAGCCACACCUGACUCCCAUUUCCUUGUCCCACCUGACCCACUCGAUUAUUCCGGGCCACCCCGCCACAUUCCUGGCCAGCCACCCCAUCCACAUCAUUCCGGCGUCCGCCAUCCACCCGGGCCCCUUCACCUUCCACCCUGUCCCUCACGCUCUCUACCCGACCCUCCUGGCUCCGAGGCCUGCGGCUGCUGCCGCCGCCACGGCCCUGCACCUCCACCCCCUGCUGCACCCCAUUUUCUCAGGACAGGACUUGCAGCAUCCACCCAGCCACGGCACAUGAAGGACAAAAUGAAGGAACCUCGGAGGAAGGAGAAUAUUUGGCGUUUUGGGAAGGGAUUGGAGUCGAUCCAGCGGGCAGGUGAGGUCUGAGCAUUUCCUUUCACUCUUGAGCAGCCAAAGAAGCCGGAGGCUCGAGGGCUGGGCUCUUGGCUGUAUCCCAGGGAUGUCUCGCUCCAACUCCUCCGUGCACGCAGCAGCACCGCUCCGGAAGAACCAUUUCACCUUUAGAACAGCGAGACUCUCGGAAAGGCUUUUUUUCCCCCUGGAUUCUUACACUUGGUCAUCUUCCUUCUGCCACCUUGUAUAUGAUAAAUGAGGUUUCAUCCACACUAAUAGGAUCUCUAAAAGUCCUUUUAAUGAGGUCAUCUAAUUAAAAUAGCAUGAUUGAAUCCGGCUUGUAAUUGGCGAUGGAACAUCGGGAGCUGUCGGCUGUGGAGGGGCUGGAGGCCUCCGUUUUCAGGCGUUGCAGGAGGUUCCUUGGCCCCUGUCACUGCACACAUGGGUUUUUCUUGGUGUGAGCAGCAAAGGUGGAAGUAAGAUCUUAGUGUAAAGAGGAGGAGGAGCUCUGUCUGUGUACCCGGAGCUCCCAUCCUUCUCCAUCCUGCAUACGCGCUCUCCUGCUCCAGACCAUGCCUGGAUAUCCCAGACUGGAGAGGGGUUCUCGGGUCAGGGGUUGGGAUUCCAGUCUGGGCUUUGACCACUCUUCUCCUGAAAGGGGGAAAAAAUCACUCUGAAUUCCAUCCUCUGUGGUGUUGGGAAAGAGGCACUGGGAUGGGAGAGAGAAGGAAAAUCCUGUUAGGAAUUGAAGCAAUACAGAGGACGGGAGAGCGCGGCCAGGAUGUAAAGCGUGUUCUUUCCUCUGUAACACUGAUGGUUUCCUUAUUAAUUUAUAGGAUUUUUUUUUUUUUUAAUG